CACGUGUACCGGGAAGAAGGAAGUAAAUUCUGCCAAGGGAUAAGAAGUAAAAUUGGAAGCUAGUAGGUGUGGCACGAUGAUAGAAGGCUACUCCCCUGUAGCCCAGGCCCUGCUGGGGACUCUGUUUACCUGGGGUCUGACUGCUGCUGGGGCCGCCAUGGUGUUCAUUUUCUCUGGUCGACAGAAGCACAUUUUGGAUGGAAGUUUAGGUUUUGCAGCAGGGGUGAUGUUGGCUGCUUCCUAUUGGUCAUUGCUGGCGCCAGCGAUCGACAUGGCGGAGGGUUCUGGGAAGUAUGGCUCAUUUGCUUUUCUGCCUGUGGCCCUUGGCUUCACAUUCGGCGCUGCUUUUGUUUACUUCGCUGACGUGGCCUUGCCCUUCAUGGGUGUAUCUACUGACCCUAACAUUGCCUUGGCCCUUGCUUCGGAAUCCAAGCUGGUCAAACAGAACGAGGAGGAGCAGCUUUAUCCAUUUUCUGAAUCCCAAGCCAUCAAGAUAGGUAGAACUGCACCUCUCCCAGAGGAGGGGCUUCAACUACCGAGGAAGAGAGUAUCUCAUUGGAGUAACUCAGAUGAUCAAGAAACAGAAAGCAAAUACCUGGGAGUGACUGGCCAAUCAGGAAGCAGCUGGAGACGCAUCCUUCUCCUCAUCUUUGCCAUCACUAUUCACAACAUUCCAGAGGGCUUAGCUGUGGGAGUUGGAUUCGGGGCCAUUGGGAAGACUUCUUCUGCAACAUUUGAGAGCGCCAGGAAUUUAGCUGUUGGUAUCGGCAUCCAGAAUUUCCCAGAAGGCCUCGCAGUAAGCUUGCCACUUCGAGGCUCGGGCGUCUCAACGUGGACGGCCUUCUGGUACGGCCAGCUCAGCGGCAUGGUGGAGCCCGUCGCUGGCAUGCUUGGCGCCGUCGCCGUGGUGUUGGCCGAACCUCUGUUGCCAUACGCGUUGGCGUUCGCUGCAGGGGCGAUGGUUUUUGUGGUGGUGGAUGACAUCAUUCCUGAGGCUCAAGUCAGUGGGAAUGGGAAGCUGGCGUCCUGGACUUCAAUAUUGGGCUUUAUCGUAAUGAUGUCGCUUGACGUGGGGCUGGGCUGAAUCACCGUGACGACCAGCACAGCAUCGACAAAGCCAUCAUCACCAUGACACGCCUGACCUCAAGUGUCAAAAAAGGGGACCAAGUCACAUUUUUUAUUGAAAUGUCACAAAUUAGUAAGCCACUUUUCCACAGUGCAGUAUGAACUCAUGUUGCCAUAGUAUUAAAAAUGUGACAUCAUCAUAAUUGUCACCAUGGGCGAAGGAUAGGUUGCAUUAUCCUUUAAAAGCAAACAUCAAAUUGACUUGUGUGUGAUUAUGUUGUACAUUGUUCAGUGACAAACAAAAACAAAUGAUGGUGUUUGUUAUGUAAUGACAUAUUGAGACUGUGAUUUUUCCCUUUAUAAUAACCUCAUGUUAGUACAGUUAGGUCCAGAAGUAGUUGACAGUUACUAUAGGAUUCCUGCUUUUAUAAACCAGCACAUUGGCUUUGAAGUAAAACGCCCCGUCAAAAUGUCACUUCACUUGAGAUGUGUACAGGUCUCAUCCCAGGUGUCUUGAUAAAAAUAUAACCAUCAUUUUCCUCCCAGGAGAUUCUUUGCCAGGUCUUCAGUUGCUGCUUUGUUGUGGAUGCCGCUACAUUCAACAUAAUUACAUGCAUUUAUCUUUAAGUUGCUUUCACGGUAUAUUUAAGGUCUUAUCCAUUUUACUGAGAAGUGGUUAGCUAAAUGUGAGCUGUAGAUCUAUACUGCUCACAAUUUAUCUUGUUCUGUCAGCUGGCACAUAAAUAACAAUAAACCCCAAUGAGCCCCUUCCACACGACCGUUCACACUUGCACCUAUGAACAAUUCGGGUUUCCAACUAACUCAGCCGGCACGUUCUUGAAUGUGGGAGGAACCCGGAGAAAACCACAUAAGCAUGGGGAGAAUAUGCAAACGCCACACAAGCAGAGAUUCAAACCCAGCACACUCUUACGCAGACGCGCUUACCAUCCACCUCAGCAACUUAGUUUUUUUUUUGAAGGCAACUGAAUAAUCCCCAGUGGCUAGAUCAGAGGCCUGAUCUCAACCCAAUAGAGCAUGCUUUUCUCUUACUUAAGACAACAUCACAAUCAAACACCACGUGGGUGCCUGUCAAAGGAUCUCCAGGGAGAACGUUUGGUGAUGUCUCCGGACUUCAGGUUGUCAUUGACUCAAAAAGCUUUUCAUACAGGUAUGAAGCAUUAUGGCUAUAUUGUUCAAAGAUUUUGAAGUCCCUGCAAAUGGAAAGACGUGGCAUAAAAUGGCUGUAAUUUCUAAAUAGUAACUUCUAUGUGUUUGUGUGAAAAGGUAACAUCACAAACCUUCUGUCGCUGUCCAAAUGCACCAGCACCUGACUGUUUUCUGGUGGAAAAGUGGCUUUUAAAAAGUUAUUGUUUAGACUCACUUGGGAAUUAAUUCCUAAAAAUUACUAAUGACUAGUCCCCCUUUUUAAGAACCUGCAAUUGCUUUUUUUCUAAGAAACACAAGUUCCCCAAUCUUUUAAGUUAAAUUACUGUUGACAUACGUUUGUUUUAGUUUGAACUUGCAGUUUUUUUUUAAUUACCUCAUGCUUGCAAUACUUGAACUCUGUGACACAUUGGACUCAUGAAUGAUUUGGUCUUUUUCUGAUACUUUACACUUAAAGGUUAUUUGAAGAGAACAGGCCUGUGAAAAGCCUGAACAGAAGCAGCUCAUUAUUUCUUUAAGGAAGGAGUUAAAUCCACGGGCACAUUGUAAAUAUGCUGUUUUAUGGUAUGCUGUAAUAUGCAAAUUUUAAUGACUUGUUGGGAGACUCUGGGAAUUUUUGGGCAUUUCACAAUCGUUUCUGAUCUUAUUCAUGAUGCUGAUGGAAACUAUACUGCACUCAAACAUAUUUGCCAACCCCUAAAAACUCGUGCCUUCUUUUUGGGCUGUCUACUGCCAUCUGCUGGCCAAAAUGACCAGUUCCCUCAAAAAAAGAUAUAUAUAUUAUGGUGAAGUUGUUGAUUUACAUGUGAAAUGUUUAUUUAAAUAAACCGCUCCCUUAACAUAACCAAUGAA